AAAAGACUAGAUAUAAAACUAUCGACAAAAGGAAAACCUGCCGAUUGUGGGAAAUUAAAAAUAAAGCCAUUGAUGACGUUAGACACAAAAAUGCCAAGCUUAGCUCGUAUGCCGAGUGGAAAGAUCGAAGCUGCAAGUAUAUUACAUGAAGCUAUGAAAAAACAUCACCUGACUCCAGCUGAUUUGGAAAAUAUGGAUGAUAAACAUGCAUUUAAAAAACUAUGUAAAAGUAAAUCAGUAAUUGUGCAUUUAAAUAAGAAUGAAAUAGUUAACAAACUGUGUAGUGAGGCAGGCGAGGGUGAUAUCGUGUAUGCUAUUCGUAAAGCUAUAAGAAGAGGAGAUGUUUCACCAUCGCUUCUCGACAUGGUGAUAAAUAAUGAAGUACAUCUUGGACUAAAUGAACAUAGACUUUCAGAUUAUUUAGGAAGUAAAAAUCUCAUCAAACCUAUGUGCAAAAGGGAAAUAUUCUUUAAACUUAGAACUGAUGAAGGUGUUGAUAAUAUCACUAAGCGGGUUGCCGAUGCAAUAAAAAUGGGUAAAGUCUCACCAUACCUCAUUGAAAUGAUGUUAAAUAAAGACAAAGAGAUCAAGUUUUUGAAAAAGAAGGAAGCUCACCAAGUGGAGCCUAUAACUAAAGAGCAAAUCAUUAGAAAGUUAUGUUCAAGAGACGGUGAACUUUAUAUUAUUAAAGAAGUUAGGAAGGCCAUAAGAAAAGGUCUAGUGCCACCAUCAGUUAUACAAAAUAUCAUCGACAAAGAGUCAUCUAAAACACUUUUUAAACGGUUAUCAAGUAAAAAGUGUGAAACGAUGAAUAAAUAUGAAGUACUUAACAGACUUGGAACUAAAGAUGGCGAAUCUGAGAUUAUGAAACAAAUUGAUAAAGCCAUCACAUCAGGUCAUUUAUCACCGUCAGCAUUGGAGUUGAUGAUAAAUGGAGAUGUAGACAGACAUUGCGAAAUAAAAAAGAUAAAAAAUAAAAGAGUUCUAGCUGGUCUUGAUCCUGAGGUUGCAAAAGAAAUGGAAAAAGCUAUAAAGAAGGGAGAAAUUACAAAGUCACUAGCAAAUAUCAUUAAAAAUAAAGCGAAGACGUGUCGAAAAGUAAACAAAAGUCAGGAACAUGUCAUUGAUAAACGUGCGAGAAAGUGUGAUAACAUCCACGAACUUGGUAAAGUGAAGUCCAAAAGCACUACACCAAUAAAAUUAAGAUCAAAAUCUGAACAGCUUGACACAAAAUCUCUUUUGCCACAAAUCAUACCAAAAAUCAUAUGCAUGUGCAAAAAAUUACAAACAAAAAAUGAAAAAGGUAUAAAUAUGAAUGUGCAAGCACGAGAUAAGCGCAAGCUGAAGCAUGAAGCGUCAUUAGCCAAGUUAUCCGAAAAACAUAAAAAAAGACUAGAUAUACAUAUACAAGCACGAGAAGCACGCAGAGAACGCAGACGAAAGCAUAAAGCAUCAUUAGUCAAUUUAGCCGAGCAACGUAAACAAAACAAACUUAUGGAAGAAGAACUAUGGUCAGCAUUGUCAAAGUUGCUAGAAGAAAAUAAACAUCUAAUGGAAAGAACCAGUCAAAGUGAAACUAAAUCGACUACAACGUCAACGAAAUCUUUUAAAUUCACACGUGGAAGAAGAUCACGCGGACCUGUUGCGAGAAUGCCAAACGAGAAAGAUGUGGAAACUAAACGUGCAAGCAAUGCCACUAUUCGAUCAGCAGUGAAGAAAGUUCGAAUAUCAUUAGGAAAACGGCUAUCAUCACCUUCCAUUGAUAUACUUUCGAGCGGACGACAAAGUGCAAGAAAACCUUGCAUGUCAACCGGACAGUUAUUGCAACCGAAAAUUGAGAGAAAAAGAAAUGAAAGCUUGCAACUCAGAGACAUGGAAGUUGUGAGAAAAAAGAUGUGUAAAUCGGUAAAAACUGGAAGGGCAUCACCGUCACUAAUAACAAUGAUGAGUAGAAAGGAUAUGGGCGACGUUGCGCACACUAGCAACUAUAAGACACAAGUUAUAAGCAACAUUUUAAAUGCCAUUAAAAGAGGAUCUAUAUCGCCAGCAAUUUUGUACGACGUUCUCUACAAUGUUAAACCAUCGGAUACCAAAUCCCAAGUUAUUGAAAAGGUGCUUAAUGCGAUUGCUAAAAGACACGUGACACCAACCAAUAUGCAAACUGUAAUGACAGAAGUGUAUGGAUGUGAUAGUAAAACUCCAAUACUAAACCCAGUUCGUGAUGCUGUUAAAAAGGAAAAAAUACCAGUUGAUGUCUUACGUCAAGUAUUGGAUAGUGUAGAACCAAAUGAGGAUCGAUGUAAAAUUGUCGCAAAAAUCCGUAAAGCUUUAGAGAAAUCCCUUUUAUCUCAAAACGUGAUAGAUGAACUGCUUUUUGAAAAACCUGAUGAAGAAUUAAUUCCAAGAAAGCCUGAAAAACUGAAGAGCAUUCUUAAAGUUUCAUCACAUUCUGAAACGACGUCACAUAAAAUUAGCGCAUCUAAAACACAAAUAACUGAAGAUUCUACUGAAGACAUUGUGAAGAAAGUUCAUAAAGCUGUAGCAGAAGGAAAUUUAUCUCCAGCUGUUUUAAAUGAUCUUAAAAAAAUACAACCUAAAGAUAAAAAGACACAAGUUCUUAAAAAAGUUCGGAAAGCCAUAGCGAAGUACCACGUAACGCCAUCUGCCAGGGAUCAAAUAUUAUAUAGCAUAAAUGAAAAGGAUGAUAAAGCUAAAAUGCUGAAGAAAGUUCGUAAAGCCGCUGAAAAAGGCGAAAUUCCCAUCUAUAGUCUAAGUGUCAUAUUAGACAGUUUGCGGCCGAAUGAUAGCAGAGCUGAAGUAAUGGAGAAGAUUAAAAAAGGUAGGACUUCUGAUUGA